GCGGGUCCGAGUCUUUGGGCAGAAGCAAAUCAUGCAGUAGUGUCGGUGACCUAAGAUUAAACAUCCAAGAAGAGGGGACACCAACUGAGAUGGAUGUGGAGGAUGCAUUCGACAAGGAAGGUGAAGAAGAGGCAAAGGUCGAAGAGGAGACGAGCAGAAAGGAAAACGACAAAGAUGGGGAGGAAGAGGAGAACCUGACUCGAAUAGAAGACGAAGAGGACGACGAAGACGAAGAGGCGGAAGAAGAGGAAGACGAGGAAGAACGGGAGGACAUGAAAGAGGUUGGAGAGCGGGAAUCGAAUGAAGAAAAUGCAGACAGAACACGAAAGCAGAACACCAAUGACAAAUGGGUAAACGAGUGGCAGUGACGAGCGUCGCAGUUGUUAUAGUCUUAUAAUCAUUCCCGUUGUUCGAGCUGCAACCUUUAAACGA